AUGUCAUCUCCUGGUACCCAAUCCCAGAUUCUUGACCAAUUGCAGUCUGUUGCCGGGUCUAACUGUGCUCGUCCCUCUGCACCGGUAGACUUUGCCUCUUGUAACUAUUUGCGCGACGCAGAAGACCUGGUUCGGAUAAUAAUCUUUACGGUUGUAAAUUCUGGCGCAUGGUCCAUCGACUGGCCCGUUCAAAUUGAUGAUAUGGACAGGAGCGGGAGGACUGCCCAAAACGCAGGUUAUAGAGGCGGCUGCCGUUAUGAUGAGCGUAGAGUGUUUCAUGACGAAGUUGCUUGUGGUACAAUUGGACCCGGUGGAAGUAGUUUAAUGAGUUUGCAGGUGGUUGACUUGCGAGGAAUAAGACAGGAAGGUCGGCUUUUAUAA